CUGUGCCGGCUGUCGUGGUCCGAGACGCGGCGAGGUUCGAGGCGGGCCGUGGGGCCCGAGGGGCCGCUGGCCGCGGGCGGGCUAACCCGAGGCGUCCCUGGUCUCUCCAGCCCUCGCCUGGGACCGCAUUGAAACAGCUUGCCCACUGGAUCUCAAGGACGACGACAGCUGUCGAAAGUCUUCGCGCACGGAGCGAUACGGCUGGGUUUGCCUUCAAACACCUUGCGGUGUCUACAGGGUAUAGGUGGAAGGCGCAGACCCCUCUCCGUGCUUACCAAGCACUUGCCGCUUCCCAGGAAUUGCGCUAGAGGCUGAGUGUACCUCGUGACAAGACCCCCUUCCUCUGGGCUGGACCCCUCUCUACAGCUAGGAAUCAAUGGCAGGUGACAGAGCCAAACCCUGUGAGCUGGACCAAGAGAAAUACGAUGCUGAUGACAACGUGAAGAUCAUCUGCCUGGGAGACAGUGCAGUGGGCAAGUCCAAACUCAUGGAGAGAUUUCUCAUGGAUGGAUUUCAGCCACAGCAGUUGUCCACGUAUGCCCUGACCCUGUAUAAGCACACGGCCACGGUAGAUGGCAAGACCAUUCUUGUGGACUUUUGGGAUACGGCUGGCCAGGAGCGGUUCCAGAGCAUGCAUGCCUCCUACUACCACAAGGCCCAUGCCUGCAUCAUGGUGUUCGAUGUACAGAGGAAAGUCACCUAUAAGAACCUGAGCACCUGGUAUACAGAGCUUCGGGAAUUCAGGCCAGAGAUCCCGUGCAUCGUAGUGGCCAAUAAAAUUGAUGCAGACAUAAAGGUGACCCAAAAAAACUUCAGUUUUGCCAGGAAGUUCUCCCUGCCCCUGUACUUUGUCUCAGCUGCUGAUGGUACCAAUGUUGUGAAGCUCUUCAAUGAUGCAAUUCGAUUAGCUGUGUCUUACAAACAGAACUCCCAGGAUUUCAUGGACGAGGUUUUGCAGGAACUCGAGAACUUCAAAUUGGAGCAGAAGGAGGAGGAUGUGCCAGACCAGGAGCAGAGUGGCAGCAUCGAGAGCCCUUCAGAGGAGGCGGCCUCUCCCCACAGCUGAUGAGCUGGGGCUGGGGCCCCUUUCUAAAUACCCCUCCCUUCAGCAACCUCCAUUUCUGAAUGGAGACACUCUCCAGGCCAUGCCUCGUUCUACCUCCUGUAAACCUGCCCAUCCCAUUUGCCUGGCUCAUGAUACAGGGAUGAGGUUAGCACAGUAAACUCUCUGGACCAGGUGUAAGAGGUCCACACCAGACCUCCGUGAAGCAGAAUUAGGAAUCAGUGUCAUUAACACCUUCCCCAACCCCUACUCCCCAGGGUAGACAGUGAAGAGAAUCAGUGAACAUGCUCGGGUGUCUCUUUAAUAAAAGCAAAUUUAGGUCA